GUCUGCUUCGCUGUCAUUGAGCCAUCAGGCUUCUGCUCAAAGAGUCGCUUCUCACCAACCGCGACAUGUUCAGUAGACCUAGUCACAACUCGUGCUAAAAUCUUUCCAUAAGUUUGAAAUUGCUUUUUACUGUUUCGUAAAAAACAAAUUUGUUGUAGUGACUGUGAAUCGAUGUCAUCUGUCGUACUGGAUCGGCUCAUGCCGUUGAUAGCCGGUUGUCAAUCACCAACUGUUGCUAGGCGUCUAAAGCAGCCAAUCACAUGUCGACACUUACACUCCCGGAAACGCUAUCUCCUAAUUCGGGCAUUCUCUCCAGGUCACGCUUCGUGAACAACUCUUGUUAAAGAAGUACCACCAAGGCUACCUCAACAUUUCUUCAGGAUACAACUCACCAUCAUGUCGAAGCUACGUAUAGCGAUGUUCAACACCGACACGCCAGUGUCCACUGUUCGGCCAAAAUGGAACACAUACGGCAAAAUGUUUGAGGACCUCCUCCUUGCGGCUGGCUCACGAUUCACUCCAGACCUGGUAAUAGAAACAGAAGAAUACGAUAUCCAAGGAUUCCAAUACCCGUCUUCUUUGGCAGACAUCGACGUUAUUCUUAUCACAGGUUCUGCAGCUGCAUCGUAUGAUGCAGAUGAGUGGAUCCGGCGCCUCAACGAUUACGUACUGGAUGUAUACAAUAAUCACCACCACGUCAAGAUGUUUGGUAGCUGCUUUGGACACCAGUUGAUAUGCCAAAGCCUUUUGCGAGAGUACGGCGUGCAUGUACAGAAAGAUCCAAAUGGCUACGAGCUGGGUGUAAAAGAGAUUCGUCUCAACGGGAAAUUCCGUAAGACGCUAGGAAAUGGAAGUGUCUUUUCGAGAAAAAUGCCGGAUUCCCUGCGUGUGCAGAUGAUACAUGGAGAUCAUGUCGUUUUGCCUGCCGCUGAGUCGCUUCCAGACUCAUGGAUUGUGUUUGGAGCCACGCAACACUGUGCUGUACAAGGAAUGUACGUUCCUGGGCGCGUCCUCACUUUGCAAGGCCACUUCGAGUUCAACCGAUUCGUGAACACAGAGCUCAUCCACGUGUUUGGAGAGAAAGGGAAUUGGCCUCAACAAAUGAUUCAAGACGGUCUUGAGGAUGUUGAUGCGGAUGACGAUGCUGAAUUUAUUAGCGAGAUCGUUCUGCAGUUCAUGCUCGAGCAAAGAGGGGAGAGUGCAGCACAUCGGAAAGUUGGCGGACUACUUACCCCACCAUUUGCGUAAGGAUGAGCACAAUUUCCACACUUUCGCACAAUCACUCGAAUAAAAACGCGCCUGGUCAAGGGCAGAGUG